UCCCAACGGUAGGCGCCACUGGGUCAAGAUCACAACAGAUGUCAACAGAAAUCCAAACGGAAGGCGCCACUGGGUCAAGAUCACAACAGAUGUCAACAGAAAUCCCAACGGAAGGUUCCACUGGGUCAAGAUCACAACAGAUGUCAACAGAAAUCCAAACGGUAGGCGCCACUGGGUCAAGAUCUCAACAGAUGUCAACAGAAAUCCAAACGGUAGGCGCCACUGGGUCAAGAUCUCAACAGAUGUCAACAGAAAUCCCAACGGUAGGCGCAGCAGAGGGAAGAGCUUGCAUUGACGGGGCUAUUGGCGGCAUCAACGCUGUCACCACUACUACCCAACUAGUCUCAAACUCUACUGCCAGGACUCAACUCAGACGUGACUCACAAGGCCUCUAUGCAAUUAUGGGUGAGUUAGAGGAAGAGAGGAUGUUGAUGUUGAGUCAGAGGAGAGAGAUAACUGAAGAGACGCGACGAGACUGGGAGAGAUUACAGAUAAACAGAGAUACUGUUUUUCGCGCUUUAUUUUGUGAGGACACCACGAGUACAGUAGCGGAGCAAAUUAACCAGUUAAAACACCUGGUGAACUGGAUACAGAGAAUCCUAGUCUGUAAAACUCCUGUAGUUGAGAAGUUCAGGCAGUCACUAGAGGAAGUAUUGAAUAGAUGCCCCUCCAUGAUGGCACACCUGACUGUAGAAGCCCCUCAUGAGGACCUGGAACACCUUUCUCUGCGUACACAUCGGUUACUUAACUUGAAGGCUGACAGAGGUGAAGCUUCGUCAUCUCUUGCUGGUUGUGAUGACUGGCUGGACAGGUCACGUAUUGAUGCAUUUUUCAGGCAGGAGUAUUUAGAAAGACCUCAGUCAUCGGCCCGACCUGUCUCGCUGGCCCGACCUGUCUCGCCGGCCCGACCUCUGUCAUCACCCCGACCUGUCUCGCCGGCUCGACCUGUCUCGCUGGCCCGACCUCUGUCAUCACCCCGACCUGUCUCGCCGGCCCGACCUCUGUCAUCACCCCGACCUGUCUCGCUGGCCCGACCUCUGUCAUCACCCCGACCUGUCUCGCCGGCCCGACCUGUCUCUGUCUGCCGGGCCGACCUCUGUCAUCCCCACCUGUCUCGCUGGCCCGACCUCUGUCAUCGACCUGGCUGGCCGACCUCUGUCAUCACCCCUGACCUGUCUCUGCCGGCCGGCCGGCCCGACCUCUGUCAUCACUGA